AUGGAAGAUCUUAAUGUAUUAUUUGCCGAUCUAAAUCUUGUUGUAGAAGCCAAUAACAAGACUUAUUUAGGAAAUUUACUUCCAAGAUCAACUCACGAAGAAUUUACAAACGUUGAAAGGGUUCUUAUCAAAGACCUUGACCCACAAGAUAUCAUUAUCCAUGUCUAUUCCAACGAUUUCUACCUGGAAAAUGAUAAUUUGGAGUUUUCUCUGUCCAUUUACGGCGGUUUUGACACAUCAAACGAAAACUGUAUUCCUUUUCAGAUCCAACGGGAAGACGACAAUAAGAUAUGUCCAGGGAACUGUUCCGGGUACGACUGUGACAAUGGUUGGUGCAAAUGUAACGAAAUUUACAGAGGAUUAGUUUGCCAACACAAAAUGAGGUUGUUAGAAGAUAUCCAGCAAUCCAAUAGAUUGUUUACAUCAAUGGAUACCGAUGUAAACUAUUUGUAUUUCAAUCUUCCAAUUUAUAAUAAAUUCAGAUUAAGAGUUGGAACUGAUUGGCACACGGAUUGGGUAAAUCAUGUUGCUGUUGUAGUCACUGAUGAUAUUUAUGGCAUCAGUGGCCACUCAAACAAAUACAUUUUCCCAACAAAUCCACAACACUACGGCACGUACUUUUUAACUGAUUGGAUAUCGUUGCCUUACAACAAGACGUAUUAUGUCGGUAUUUACAACUUCAGAAAAGGAGAAUCCCAUGGAAGAUUAAGAAUGUAUUUGCAAUAUAACCCAACUCCUCAUCCGACACCAGAAUUGACGCCGACACCAUUACCUACUCCAACACCACAUCCAACACAGACCCCUUUCGUAACGCCAAUCCAAACUUUCCGAGAAACUCCAUUUUAUACCGAAAAAAUGACUCCUUUUGAAACAGCUUUUGAAACAGUUUUCCAGACGCCUUACUUAACUCCUUUAAGUACUACAAGUAUCAUAACUCCUUUGCCAACACAGACUCUUGCAAGAACAGUUUUCAUUGAAAAACCUGACAAUGAAAAAAAUUCUAAAAAUUCCAAAGUCAAAAACAAAGAAAUCAUUGGAAUUGUUGUAGGAAUAAUAGCCGUUGUUGGUUUAAUUGUUGUUGCUUGUCUAUUGCUGCUGAGAAAGAAGAAGAAAGGAGAUGAAGAUGAUGAUGUUCAAACUCCUGUUGAAGAAGAAACAAAAAUUCAAAAUGAUUCUUACUUAACUACAACAAUUUCUGAAAACUUCCCUCAGGCUUUCCUGUUUAAUACUGACUCUGAAGAGGAUGACGAUGAUAAUAUUACUGAGCGUGCUUACGCUUGGUUCUAA